UGACUUUGACAUUUUCAUUUACGACUCCCAUAUUAUUGUUGUUUUUUCGACGAAUACAGAAAGUGUUCAUAAAACUUAGUUACCUUCAACCAUGGUGAAAAUAGCACUUCAAAUUAAAGCGACAUUAGAAUGUGUUGAAAAAUUAUAUACGAACCACCCGUACUAUCAGUGGUUUUUGAAAUUAAAAUGUGGAAGUUGCGGCGAAGUGUCGGAAAAGUUUCACGAUCUUACAGAAGCCGAGAAAGUUCCACAGAAACAUAACAGAUCUGAAACAAACCUGUUAAUUAAAUGCAAGUUAUGUUCCAGGGAAAACAGCAUAGACGUUAUUGAAGGAAGCAAUGGAAUUUUCACAAGCAAUGAUUUGGGUAAAUUCAAAACAAUAGUAAUAUUUGACUGCAGAGGUGUGGAGCCGGUUGACUUUGAGCCAAAGUCUGGAUGGAUUGCAGAAGCAGAAGAUGAUGGAAAGAAAUUUGAAGAUGUAGACCUCUCUGAGAAGGAAUGGGUUGAAUAUGAUGAAAAGAAUCAAAACUCUGUUGGCAUUUACGAGUUGGAGUGGCAGUUUGUUAAAGUUAAAUAAUUAUUAUAACAUUUUAGUUAUGAAUGUAUAUAUUUAUGGUAAGCCUAUAUAUCUAAUAUAUUAUUUCAAAUUACUACCUACUGGUAACACUGUUGAAAUUUAUCUACACUAUGUACUUGUUAAAAAUCAUAAUUUAUAAUAAAUUCAUUUUUAUUUA